AUGACCCAACUAACACCGAUACGAGGUUUUACAAACACUCCCGUCACCAAGUCGGUAAUUGUUAUCGGUACUCUUUUGGCUUUAGGUCUUCUGACCCUCCAAAUCAAGCAUUAUGUUAAACUUGCCAUCGAUCCACUUAUAGUCCAGUACUCCCAGUAUUGGAGGAUUGCCACCUUCCAGUUAUCUGUCAUAAAUGAAAGCGACUUCUUGCUAAGUACGAUACUUUGGUUUCAUUUCAAAACUCUAGAACGGUUCUUUGGUCCUCGAAAGUACUUGUCUUUGAUUGCGGUGUUUGCCUUCUACAAUGCCGUGCUUACAUUCCUUGUGCUUUCUGUGGGGCAGCUUCUGCUCAACGCUGUGUUGAGUCUCAUUACUAUGUUGAGAACGCAUACGCCUUAUAGGUUCAUCUACAGAGAUACUUUCUUUAACUCUGUGGCAUCUGGGCCUUUCGGGAUCCUCGCGUCAUUAUACAUGUGUUAUGGAUCGUAUAUACCCGUGUCUUACCAGUUUAAGAUCCUCUUCAGGAAAGCCAAUGUGCCAUCCGAGAAUUCAGAGGCACUGAACAACGAAGCAGAUGAUGCUUCCAGUAAUGAAGGGUUUGCGCCAAAACUGCUCACACUUAACGACCAUUUCCAGAUCCACAUACUAUUCACAUUGCUCAUGUUCAACAACGGCAUAGGGUCGCUUCUACCCUGUCUUAUUGGUGUGAUUGUGGGUCGUCUUUAUACCAACGAUCUCUUGGCUGGUUCCAAGAAUUGUUAUCUCCCUAAUGUGGUAUUUAGGCUCUUCAUCAAUCCACGCAAGCUAAACGUUUCUGCGUUUCAGCUGGUCAGACAGCGAAUCCGCGGGUUCCAGCCAUUGCCCCAGGCUCCUCAGCCUGAGGCCGAGCCCACUCCAGAAAGAGAGGAGGAGCAGGAUGAAACUAUCGAUGAUAUCAGAAAUACAGAGGAGCCUCCAAAUAGAUCAGAAACUCCCGUGAGACCUCUUGGCAGGCAGUUUCUUGAAACCUUCCGUACAUAA